AUGACUGUUAUGUGGAAAAACAGUGUUGUGGAAGAAGGACUCUGGGAAAAUGGCCUUUCCUAUGAAUGUAGGACGCUGCUCUUCAAAGCCAUCCACAAUCUGUUAGAAAGGUGUCUAAUGGAUAAGAACUUCGUUAGGAUUGGGAAAUGGUUUGUCCGACCCUAUGAAAAGGAUGAAAAGCCAGUCAACAAAAGUGAGCAUUUGUCCUGUGCAUUCACAUUCUUUCUUCAUGGAGAAAGUAAUGUAUGUACAAGUGUGGAGAUUGCCCAACAUCAGCCAAUUUAUUUGAUCAAUGAGGAGCAUAUACACAUGGCUCAGUCGUCACCUGCACCUUUUCAAGGUAAGCAAAUGGUGAUCUUCCUGAUCUCCACCCAUCCACCACCAUCACCAACUGGAUAGCCACCUUGCCCAG